AUGGUCAACCUCAACACCAACUUGAAUGAACAACUCGACCCGCGGCCACCUCGGUUCAUCCGCCCGGCCAACCACCUCCGCCUUCCGCUCGCCUGCACCACCCGCCCCUCGCUCGAGCUGCCCCGCUGCCAGACUCCACGCACGCGCGCCUACGCCCGCCCGACCUCGCUUGCAAGCAGCGCCUCUGCACCCGCCCUGGCCACCAACCGCAGCGCGCGCCGCACAGCUCCUCCGCUAAACACAAUCUGCUGCGCCCUCGGCCCUCGCUGCGCCCGCGCGCUACCUCUCGCUAGCUGGCCGCUCGCCCCAAGAGCUGCUGCAGGCGCGCUGCCGCGCUCGCCCAACCUUGCGGCUGCGCGCCCGCUCGCUCGCCGCCAGCCUCGCCGCGCGCCUCAGCUCCCGGCCACACAAAGCAGUGCCUUUCCGCAUGCCCACGCACCCCACGCGCUCGCGCAGCCAGCGCCUGUACCAACCAGCGGCCGAGCCGCCCCAUCCUGCACGCCCACACGCGCUCGCCUGCUCCGCCCUGACUCUUCCCAGCUCGCCCCAGGCUCCACUUCCCAAUUCUGA